AGGACCUUGUUGCUGUGGGAGGCUUGUGAGGAGAAAAUGACUGAAAUGUACAUCAAAUAUAUAUGAAAUCUCUCACCCUUUCCAGAACAUCCCUCAGAAAGAAUCCCUAAUCUUAUACUCCAUUAAUAAUCCAUUAAUUGACUCAAUUAAAAAUAAAUCAAAUUCGAGGGUGACCUAUCAAAUAAUACAUAAGCACACAAACAUGUCAUGGAUGUGUUUGUUUUUGUUUUCCUCCUCCCCAUGAUGGGUUAAUUUAAGGUCACUUGUUAAGUUGGACGGCCCCCAACACCAGCACCGUGCUGCAGUGAGAGACGUGCCGGUGACGUCAGCAAGUGGCGCAGGAAGAUGGGGGACGAAGAAGAGAUCCGAGGGAGACCUCAAACAGCAGGACCGCAGAGGCCAUGAGACGGUACGGAGGACUAACACUCUGAUCUGUCACGGUAUGAUGACAGACUGCAGUCGCUGUCACCGUGUUGGUACACAGCAGCCUGAUCAGAAGCAGCAUGGGGCUCAAGCUCAGUGGCAAGGGACAGCAGAGCCACAGGAUGGUGAUCUUGGUGGCCAUCUUCGUCUUAAUGACACUCCUCAUCCUGUAUGGCUCCAAUAAUGUCAUGGAUGAAGUCUACGCUCCGUUCCAUGUGGCUACAAAUCAUGCGCUCAAGGCCACAGAUCUGAAGAAGUGGUCUGGCAGAGAAGGAUAUGUGCCAGUUUAUGGGAACAAGAAUAUGACCCUACACUGUCACAACUGUGCACUGGUGACAAGCUCCAGUCAUGUCCUGGGCACUGGAGCAGGAGAAGAGAUCGACCGUACGGAGUGUGUGAUUCGUAUGAAUGACGCCCCGACCAUGGGAUACGAGACUGACGUCGGGAACCAGACCUCUCUGAGGGUCGUAGCCCACUCCAGUGUUUUCCGGGUGGUCCGGAAGAUUAACGAGCUGCUACAGCGGACAGAGAGCAGCCCUGUGAUCAUCUUCUGGGGACCCCCGAACAAGAUUGGGAAGGAAUCCAAAGGAACCCUGUACAGGUUGAUCCAGAGGGUCAGCAUGACCUACAGCAACCUGUCUUGCUACAGUAUCACAGCCAGCAAGAUGCGCAGGUUUGACAAUCUGUUUCAAAGGGAAACAGGAAGAGAUAGACAAAAAUCUCACUCGUGGUUGAGCACAGGCUGGUUCACCAUGGUCAUCGCCAUUGAGAUAUGUGAUAAUAUCAAAGUAUAUGGGAUGGUGCCACCCAACCACUGCGCAAAAAAACCUGGAGGCAAGAAGAUGCCCUAUCACUAUUACAAGCCCAGGGGCUCCGAUGAAUGUGUCACAUACAUCCAGAACGAGGGAGGCCGUAGGGGGAACCACCACCGCUUCAUUACGGAGAAACACGUGUUCGCACGCUGGGCGAAACAGUACAACAUCACCUUCAUUCAUCCCAAAUGGUGAUAAGACAAGAGUGAAAACAACUAAGAGGUCUCACAGAGGCUCGAAUGAAAAGCGCUGUGAGAUGGAUUUUAUCGUAACUUCCCCAGAAUGAGCCUUCAAACAGCCACGCGAUGAAUGACAGCUACUACUGAAGAUUAAAGUCCUUUAGAGAAAAACUAUUAUUGGACCGUUUGAUGAAUGAGGAGACGCUCGGGAAUGUCUUUUGUCGCAGGAGAAAAAGAACUACGUGUAUUCCACAUGGACACGUGGCUGCUGACUAACCCGUGUUUUGUAAAUAGAAAGUAAGACAACUUUAAAAGAUGAAUUUUUACAUGUUUAUAAUACUUUUUGUUAUUAUGUAUUGAAAAUGCACUUAUGUUUCCCACACUGGAGGGGGUUACGUCAGCAAGCAUUCUCAUUAUACAUAUAUGUGGCCUACAGAGCACUAUAUUGUUUAAGCUCUCCGUUACAAAGAGAUUAUACUCCACACUUAAUGCAGUCACAUUCAAUAGAUCACUAAUUCAGCCUACAGAUACAAUGUACCCUUGAAACCCAACAGAGUAUGUGGGCAACGCAGUUUUUGAACCGUUUCAGUAUCUUGGAUUGAUCAAAAAUCAUUGUAACAUUACAUUUUAAAAGAAAAAUUGCAAAAGUAUCAGUGUUAAAUAUCUUAACAUAAGAAAAAAAAUAAGAGUAUACAAUAAGCAAAAUUGUGAAUAAAAUCAGGAAAUAAUGGAUUCAUAAGUAAACAUGACCAACAAUCUGAGCAAGGAUCCAACGCUUGUUUACUAUAUUUGAUGCAGCUAAAAUAUUUAUGAGGCUCAGGUUCCAGCUAUAGUUUCAGUGUUACUGAGGAUCACAUAGACACCCUCAGUCUGAGGGAUUUUAAGUUGAUUCAACACUGACAGAAGGCUACACCACUGUAGAUUGACUUGUUCAUAAUAGAUUGGCUCGUUCGUAUUGCAGAAAGUAUGUGUCACAUUUCUCUGAAGUUAUUACAUCUCGAUAUACCCUCGUUUUUAAAGAUGAUCGUACUGUAUUGUAAUAUUUUUGCCGCACUGGAUAUUGGUUUUAAUGUUUUCGUGAAAUUAGCCUAUAAACAUGAAUCUGUUGCCUCAUGAACUUUUUUACCUCAGUGGCAUGCAACUCAAGUCCAAACAGUCCACGUGGUUGUGUUACGUAUAUGUCACUCUAAAGACUGCACUAUUAAAUGAAAAAGGGACAUUUCCGUUUUAAUUGUAGAACCGUGAAGCAGAGAGAGGUGCAAUUUCUUUAACUGCUGUUGCUUUUUGCAAAUAAUUUAUCUGUAGACAUAUUUUUUAUGAAAUUCCAUCUUCAGGAGAGGCUUUUCUUCACUGUGGACGCCAUGUGUUCUGUUAGUUGUGAUAAGAAGCCUCUGUUGUCUGCUUCUUUAAAACCUUUGGUCAGUAAAGAACAGGAAGAAAAUACAUUCAAAAUACACUGACUGUUAACGGUACUUUACCAACAUUAAACUGCCUGCCUGCAUUUAUUGAUAUACUAGCUUGAAAUACUAACGUUACUCAUUUUAUAGGAUGCUAAAUUUAAGAACUGAGGACCAUAAAGGAGCACAGUCAAGAUCUACAGAACACAGAGGCGGCAGCUGAAACUCAAAUUUUAAAGAUAUGACACAGAUAACACUCACAGUUUCUAGAAUAUGUUGUCCACCCACUAUAAAUCAUUGAGGGUAGACUCACCUGUGAACAAAACUUAAAACGAGCAGCAGCAUCACAACUUGCAGGCUCCGGCAUGACCAAAAACACCUCUCAAUUGUUUUUUAAAAGUAGGAUGUAUUGCAGGAGUGUUGCAUCAUACUGCACUCCAAUUCACCAGUCACUCACAGUCAUCAGACAAAUAACCCAAAAGAAUACUGCAGGCCCGGGGCUCCCGACUCACUGGUGCGCCCUAUUUUUUUCAUUUUAGGGCAUAAUUUAGGUACCCAAUAACACAUUUUAUACAAAUUUCUUAACACAUUAUAUAAAUAAUUCUAAACAGGAAAAUGAGUGGAAAUGCAUGGUCCUCUUCGUUUUAAAUCACAUGCAACAACAAAUUGCUGUACUCUCAAUUGCUUUAAAACCAAACCUUUGAAUCCCAGGCACAUUGGUACGACCAAUGAAAAUGUUUAGUAGAGACCCGGAGCCCUGAGGCCUCGUAUAAACCUGCCGUUAACAUGAAAUCUGUGCCUGGCUUUCUUGUCUUGAUGAUGGUAAAUAUUAAUAAUAGUACUGAUAGGGGUAGAUGCAUGCCGCAUGUGUGGCACCUGGAAAGUGACUGCAUCCACAACACAAUCCGAAAGGUUGUAAAGGCUUCUACUGCUGCACUACUACAUUUCCCAGUUUUCACAUGGUUCACUUAAUCUUAAUGCCAGCAUGUGUUUGACCUACUCGCUCAGAAUCCUGAAGCUGACCAUCGUGUUUAACUCAGAGGUUCAGUGCCAUUUGUGUGUCCUUGUCGUGACCAUCAACAACACCAUUCUUCAUGCAAAGCGCUGUACUGUUUAUCGAAGAGCGAAUGAUAUGCUUUGAAAAAUAAAAUGCAAGUCAGUUCAA